GGACAGAACGAGAGGGCUUGGCAUGCCAAGCGCUCUUUAACUGCAUUUCACUAAAAGAUAAAAUCAAAAAAUAAUCUCUUUUGUCAAACCACAUUCUCCUUCAUCACCCUAUCGCGUUUUCGUAUUCAAAUAGAGAAAAUGAGAAACCAGGAUCGGUCAAAUUCAGUACCUGAUAUCCCCCAAAUGAUAGACGAACAGCAACACGAUGAUUCUAGUUUAGAUGGAGCAGCAGCGCCUAUAAAGCUGUUGCUAAAGCUUAUCCAAGAUCACAAAGACGCCUGCGGGAAAGGCCACGACAGCAGGAGGAUGCUCAGGGUGGCUACCAUGGUCACAAUCUUGGACACUGUCAAGACAAGAAUCCAAAAAUGCCAGUCCUUUGGCAAUAAGACCACCAAAGCCACCCUGCGCCGCUGCAACACCGGCCUCAGCCAGCCGCCUAAGGACAAGAAGGGCAGGGUCGAGGCUGCGGGGGAUGAGAAGGAGAAGCUGAGGGAGAGAGCUCACCGCGUGCACUGCUGCCAGGAAGCGGCUCGAGCUCAUGUGCUCGAGCCUGGGGAAGGAGAAGGAGAUCAUGGCUGCUGAGCUCUCUAGGAAGGCGCAUGAGUUGUCCGAGAUGGAGGAUCUCAUGCACGGCCUCAAGGCGCAGAAUGAGAAGCUGGUGAGGAAAGUGCAGGAAUGUGUGGGAGGAGAAUCGCAGGGAAGGGAGUUCGAAGAGCAGAACAAGCUCCUUAGGGAGAUGCUCGUGAGGUCGCACGAUGGGUACCAGACAAUGAAGGAGAGGCUCAAUGAGGA